UGGAGGACUCCGAGUAAAAAAUCUCCCUAUCUACAUUCCCGCCCUCCCCUCUAACCCAUCUCCAAACAUAGGAACCCAAACAGCUCCACAGUCAUCAACGAUAGUAUUCUCACUGAAGACCUACUAAAAUCAGACUUCAGUUUCACUGCCAAAAAGGAGAACAUAGAUGAAAUAGACCUUAAAAAGGAGCCUGAACUUAAAGAAGAAAACAAGAAAGAACAGAUCGAACUGCAGGAAGAGGAUAUCAGCCAUAAGAUUGAAGUUGUCAUCAGAAGCAAGCCUGAAAAGAGAGGCCAAGAGAGCAGUGGAAAUGACUUUUGGAAUGAAAAGGCAUCUAGCUUUUAUAAUCAGUCCUUUCAUAAAAAUUUAUAUCGACAAAAAGGAAAAUAAAGUCAAAUUUAGGAAUGCUGAUUGUGAAAAUAAGAAGAACGAUCAUCAUUUAUGGCUUGAUAAUCAGAGUAUCCCUGCUAUGACACCAAAAUCAUACAUGAAGUAUCACAGGAAGAUGAAUGCUCCAAAUGUGAGGUCUCCAGAGAAAAUGUCUCCUUUUUCACCUUUGAAAAUGUCAGCAAAAAGAUUGAUUUCAGAUUCCAAAAGAGAAUCUUUUGAUUUUUGUGACUCUAGUAUUCCUUUAUCUCAAAGAAUAAGGAAUAUUAGAUUGAAGGCAAAAAAUGUCAAAGAUAAAGCAAUUAAAAGCAUAGUAGAAGGUAUUCCAAAACUUGAAACAAAAUGUCUUCCCAAUAUUUAUCAAACGCCAAAGAAAUAGACAUGUAAAGUCUAAACUCUCGCAUAAUGGAGGAGGUGUUCCUCUUAGAGAUGGUCUCUACAAGGAGCUUAAGGUGAAACAUAAAAAAGCGCCAAGGUCAAAGAACAACAGUCCUGAUUUUGUUCAGAAAUCCCCAAAAAUUAUAAAGCUUCCUCCUAAAGAAACUGAUAGUCUUGAGGAAAUGAUCAGUUGGAGUAAAGAUAAAUUUGAUCCUUCAGAAGUUAGACCUCUAGCUCUCACCCCUGGAGAGCUUCCUUUCAUACAAUCUAGGAAGAUAAUUCCCAUUCAAGGGCAAAAAAGAAGGUAUAUAAUGAAGUAA